AUGUCCGAGGUAAAAAGAACCAUCAGAAUCAUCACCAACCAACACAUCUUGAAAGAUGUCCCUGCCGUGCAAGACUACCCGAUGAGACAGUGGUCCAUCGAGAUUGUCAUGCUCAAUGACCAAGGCGCCGUCAUUCCGGCUGCCAUCCUAGAUAAGGUGACAUACACCUUGCACCCUACAUUUCCCAACCCGAUCAGAGCAGUCAAGCAGUCGCCAUUCAAAGUCGAGGAGAAAGGCUGGGGUGAGUUUGAUAUUCCCAUUUCCGUACACUUGGUCGGUUUGCCCGGAAAGCUGGGUGAACGGAAGUUUAACCACGAUUUAAACUUCUUGCUGGAGACUUAUACCGUGGACCAUGUUAUUUCCAUUCCUUUGAAGAAUGCUCAGUUGAACAAGCUUUUGUUAGAGUCUGGCCCUGUUCCAUCUGAGGGAGACGCCAAGCGUCGUGGCGAUGGUGAAACUUCCAAACUGAAGAAGUUGAAAAGCGGUCCUGUCGCCACCAAGGGCGCAGUCGACUUGGAAAAACUUGCCAAUGGCUUGACCAAACUCAGCGAAGAUGCAUUGAUCAGUAUAGUGCAGAUGGUUACCGACAACCGUACAUCAGAGAUGAACGUCAAGAAUGACGUUGACAAUGGUGAAUUCACCAUGGACUUGUACACUUUGCCAGAUCUGUUGUUAAAGAGCUUGUGGGAAUAUGUCAAGUCUCAAUUGGGAGAAAACUGA